UCAGGCGCAGCCGCACUGCGACUCAUCACCAGCGAGUAACGGACAGCAGCACAGAGAGCGCAGGAGAGCAAUGGAGCCGUGAAAGACCUCUUCAUCAGCGAGGGCCUGAUAAUGGCCAGCCAAGGAUGCUAGCGUUACCAUGGGCAGCGUCACUCUGCGCUACUUUUGCUAUGGUUGCCUCUUCACCUCCGUGACCUGGUCGAUUCUACUCUUCCUGUAUUUCCACCUCAGCCAGGAAAGCCGUUUGUCCUUCAAAAAUGUGCCCGUCCAGGGGCAGCAUCACUUUCAGCCUCGUUUCACCCAUGGCCCAGCGAUCCUUCGCAGAGAUGGCAGUCAAGGACAUGCAGUGGAGGCUCUCAAGCCGGACCUUUCUCCAGAGCUGGGAAUGAUUUUUAACAAGCAGGACCAAGAGGUACGAGAUAUGGGCUAUCAUAAGCACGCCUUCAACGUUCUCAUCAGUAACCGGCUUGGCUACCACAGAGACGUCCCUGACACCAGGAAUGACAAGUGCAGAGACCGGAUCUAUCCCGUGGCCUUGCCCACAGCCAGCAUAGUGAUCUGCUUCUACAAUGAGGCGUUCUCUGCCCUCCUUAGGACUAUUCACAGCGUUCUGGAUCGCACACCAAACUACCUGCUCCAUGAGAUCAUACUGGUGGAUGACCAAAGUGAACUGGAUGAUCUGAAGGAAGACUUGGAUUCUUACAUACAGCAGCACCUGCAGAAGAAAGUGAAGCUAGUUCGUAAUGAGAAGAGGGAGGGGCUGAUCCGUGGAAGGAUGAUUGGGGCAUCUCACGCUACAGGUGAGGUGUUGGUGUUUCUGGACAGUCACUGUGAGGUGAAUGAGGCAUGGCUCCAGCCUCUGCUCACGCCCAUCAAAGAGAACAGAAAAACCGUGGUUUGUCCUGUCAUCGACAUCAUCAGCGCAGACACACUAGUAUACAGCCCCUCUCCUAUCGUGCGGGGGGGAUUCAACUGGGGCUUGCACUUUAAAUGGGAUCCAGUGCCCAUGUCUGAACUCAACAGCCCAGAUGGAGCCAUCAGGUCUCCCACGAUGGCAGGUGGGCUGUUCGCCAUGGACAGGAAUUAUUUUUAUGAGCUUGGUCAGUAUGACCGCGGCAUGGACAUCUGGGGUGGAGAGAACUUGGAGAUCUCUUUUCGGAUUUGGAUGUGUGGAGGCCAGUUACUGAUCGUUCCCUGCUCCAGGGUGGGGCACAUCUUCCGCAAGCGUCGGCCCUAUGGGUCACCCGGAGGUCAGGAUACAAUGGCCCACAAUUCUCUGCGUUUGGCCCAUGUCUGGAUGGAUGACUAUAAGGAGCAGUACUUUGCCUUGCGCCCGGAGCUGAGGAACCGUGACUAUGGUGACAUCAGCGAGCGGGUCGCUAUUCGGAAGCGUCUACAGUGUCAUUCCUUCAAGUGGUACCUGGACAAUAUCUAUCCUGAAAUGCAGGUCUCCUCCCCACACAAGCCCCAGCAGCCUGUCUUUAUCAACAAGGGUUUGAAGAGACCCAAAGUCUUGCAGCGGGGUCGGCUGCGUAAUCUUCUGGCUGACAAGUGUCUGGUGGCACAGGGGCGUCCCAGUCAGAAGGGAGGUGCUGUGGUGGUGAGAGACUGUGACCCACAGGACCCUGAGCAGGAAUGGGCCUAUGAUGAGGAGCAUGAGUUAAUUCUAGCCGGGCUGCUGUGUUUGGACAUGUCUGAGAUUCGUUCUUCUGACCCGCCGCGCCUCAUGAAGUGUCACGGCUCAGGUGGAUCUCAGCAGUGGACGCUGGGGAAAAAUAACUGGCUAUACCAGGUGUCAGUGGGCCAGUGUUUGGCUGUUGCUGACCCUCUCAGCAUCAAAGGAUAUGUUACCAUGGCGAUCUGUGAUGAUUCCCGGUCCCAGCAGUGGCAGUUAGAGGGUUGAGGAUGCUGGAAGUGUGAGGAACAGCUAUAGCCCCCUCUGGCUGGGGAUUGAACUGCACCGCCACAGUGCCACCAGCUCAGAAACGGAAAACAGACCCUUGCCAGUCCAGACCACUGUGACAGGAUGUUGUGAGGGCCUACGGUGAGAAGGAGCUCAACUCUGUUUCAGCUUUGGACUGAAGCUUUCUUGACCCAUAUUCUUUACUCAGAAACAACUAUUUUUAGAAAGUAUUUUAAAAAUCGUGUUUAUUCAAGAAUUUGUACGUUUUAAUUUGCUCUUGAAAUGUAAACGAUUUGCACAGAAAAACUAUUUUCGAUGUCUGGAUAAUCAUAGUCUGCUAGAUUUUAAGUUCGACAUUUUUAAUUGAGUGCACCAUUUCUUAGCAUUACUUAAUUG